CCCUCCUAGAGGACAGGGCGAUGCGGAGACAAUAGGACGCAGAGCCGGAGGAGGCUGCAGGGAUGCUCGGCUCCACAUCCACCGCCGCACCGCUGCUCGGAGCUUUCCCCCAGGAGGACACCCGCUCACACAGGCGCUUCUCCCCGCUCACCUGGCCUUAGUAUGCGCUCCUGUCAUCCCGUGUGUUUACGAGCUGCCUGGGCUGACAGGGGCGGACUCCACAGCCACCAUAUGGGAACCAACUGAAUGUGACACCAGCUGUUAGCUGCCACUGCUCUCAUCCUGCCCUGAGCAUCCAUCCCCCAGUUUGAGUCGCCUCUUCCAUCCCCUGAAACAACAUGAGUUCCUCUCCACUGGUGUCAAGAGCCAACAUGGACAUCCUGGAUGAACUGCAGCUCAUUGCAGCCCAGAACCUGGAAAGACUGGAGGUCAACAAGUACUAUGAAGUGAUCAGGGAGCUGGGCAAAGGCACCUAUGGCAAAGUGGACCUGGUCAUCCAUAAGAUCAGAGGUACAAAAAUGGCGCUGAAGUUCCUGAAGAAAAAGACAACUAAGCUGAAGUCAUUUCUGCGGGAGUACAGCAUCUCCCUCUACCUGUCUCCCUGCCCUUUCAUCAUCAACAUGUUUGGCAUCGCCUUCGAGACUGACGAGUACUACGUGUUUGCACAGGAAUACGCUCUGGCAGGCGACCUCUUCGAUAUCAUUCCACCACAGGUCGGUCUUCCCGAGGCAGUAGCAAAGCGUUGUGUGCACCAAGUGGCCAUUGCUCUGGACUACCUGCACUGUAAGAAGUUGGUCCACAGGGACAUCAAACCUGAAAACAUCCUCAUUUUUGACCGAGAGUGCCGCAAAGUCAAGCUCUCUGACUUCGGCAUGACCCGCCGUGCUGGCUCACCUGUGAAAAGAGUGAGCGGCACCAUCCCCUACACAGCCCCGGAGCUCUGUGACGUGACCCGGCAUGAGGGUUUCUGCGUGGACUACAGCACUGAUGUGUGGGCGUUCGGCGUGCUGCUCUUCUGCAUGCUGACUGGCAACUUCCCCUGGGAGAAGGCGCUGCCGUCCGACUCCUUCUACCAGGAGUUCAUCCGUUGGCAGAGGAGGAGGACGAACACGGUGCCGUCCCAGUGGAGGCGUUUCACGGAGCAGGCCCUUCGCAUGUUCCGCCGGCUGCUCUCGGUGGAGCAGGACCGCCGCUGCUCCGUCAAAGAAGUGUUCGGGUACUUCAGCCACUCCUGGAUGCUGGACGGGGAGAACAACAACAACAACGGCAACUUGGGAGGAAACGGAGAAAGAGUUGGAGGAGGAGGCGGAGGUGGUGGUGGUGGCGGUGGUGGUGGUGGUGGAGGAGGAGGAGGAGGAGGCGGGGGGCGGGGAGAGGUGGAAGGCACUAUCUCGUCAUCGUCUUCAGGAGAGGAGGAUGAGGAGCUUCUGGUGGAGAGGAUGAAGCAGCAGACUCUGUCCCCACUAUCCCCACUGUCCCCCCUGUCCCCCAUGUCUCCGGUGGCGGUGGAACGAGGGAGCGGAGGCGGUGGCAGCGCUAAAGGCGGGAUGAUAGAAACGACCAACGGCCACCACUUUGUAUCCGUCUCCACCAACAGCUCCGUGUCGUCCACCAACAGUUACGAACGAAUGCCACGAGAAAACAGUUCGCCGGGCGGCCGCAUGCUAGUGCCAACGCCCAUAGAGAUCUGCGUCUGAACCCGUCAGAACGCUUAUAAGUCACAAACUCACACCAACCAACACACUUUUAUACCUCUCAUCCAACCACAUAGAUGUGCAUGCAUGGAAAACAAAAAAACAGACAGUGAUUACUAACACGUAUCUGUCGUAAACAUCUCGGGAGAGGAAGAGCACACCCAAUGAAAGUCUUUGUAGAACCUCAUGAGGUACAGUUUUCAGUUACACUACUGCAAACAGCCCAGAAGAAGCCCCAUUUACAUAUUGAAUUUAAUGAACUGACUACAAACCCAGUGGAAAAGUAAAAAAAAAUAAAUAAAUAAAAAAAUUGCUUCCAUUAGAGUUCAAAUCAUCUGAAAAGAAGACCAAAAUCCAUUUCUUAAAGCAAUACUUUCAGCAAAAAAAGAAGAAAAAAAAGCAAAUAGAAAUUGGAAGGUGGAUAUCUGCCCUCUUCAAGAUGUGUCCUUAUGGCAUUUUUGUUGAAGCCAAGAGACAAAGAGAAGCUGUACUGAUUUGUAUUUUUCAAGCUGAUGUAAAAAAAAAAGAUCAAGGAAUUACCUUGUAUGAUGAAAAUGAGCAGGCGGUGGUUUUAAUGUUUCAUGUGUAAAAAAAAAAGAAAAAAUGUGAAAGUGCGAGUGUGCUUGUUUCACUGUGCAUUCUGUGUGUAUGAACCCUCAAGUGGAUUUAACUGCUUUGAAAAUUUUCUUAUUUAUUUUAAUCUAAAAAAAAAAUAACUACACCCUGUUUUUUUUUUCUUUUGUUUGUUUUCUAAUUCUGUUUUUUUGGUGUGUGUGCUUGUAAAGUAGCUUCCAUUGUUUUCUGGCAUAACAGUGCUGGAACACAUUUGUUUGGCUGCUGUACAUAUAAGUAUCGACAAAAGAACAUUACAUCUUAUUUUCGAGAGGUAAUUUUCAGAGGGAAUCGUCCACAAACCACUGUUUCCCUUAGAGAAUGCUUAUGAUGUCCUGUUAUUCAUGUCAAACAUAUCUACUUCACAGUUUAAAGACUAUUUUCUACUCACUCUUUCAGUUCAGUUUGUACAGCUACAUUUUCUUUUGAAACUUUUAGCGAAAAAGCGUUGUCUGAAAAGAAAAUAACCAUUUAGCAUCGUCAAUUUAAACUGAAAAAAAAAAAAAUCAGAUGAGAACUAAUCACCUUUUAUAAAUUGCAUGAUAAGUAGAUCAAAUUUACCCUAAGAAAAUCUGAACCGGCUUUACAAAAAUACGAGGAAAAAAAAAAGGA